AUGGCCGAAUUCGAUGAAAUCAAGGAUCGAGAUCCUUAUACGUUUAUUCCGGCUGAUGAAUUCUUCAAUCAUAUCGACAACGACUUGUUUGAUUCAUGUAUUAGACAGCCCGAGAGAGCUUCAUUUGAUGAGGCUGACCAGCCAAAAAUACAGAUCAACGGCGAAGCGAGAAAUGUGUUUCAGCAUGGCAAAAUUUUUCGGCUACAUGAACCACUGGAAGAUGAGCCAGAUGAAGAAUCUCUGCUAUUGAUAGAAUUUAUACGACCUCAAGUUUGGAGAAUUCGCUUCAAUCCUGCUGCCGCAAGUAAAUGUUGCUUUAAAGAUGAGAACAGUCGUGCUAUUGCAUGCCCUAGCAUGUCCGAACUUAUUACGAAAUUGGAUGAUUUUGAAGGGCUUGACUGGAGAGUUGAGCUGAUAUCCAAUGUUCCGUCAUACUACAUUUUACAAUCCGUGAAGACUGGUGCUGAGAAACCAGAGGUUCAGCUUUGGAUUCAGAAACGGCCAUUUCAGAUCACUGCUAUCAGACCUGUAAAAAAUAGCCGUAUCGUCGAAAAGUUUUCCAUACCUAGUACCAUUGACGAGGCUAUUCGGCCGCAGGUUGACUUUCAGCCACUUCAAGGCGUUGAAAAGGCUGUCAUCUGGAAGACCAAGCCCAAGCCGCUCAAGUACGUAUCUCGUGGUAGUGCGACUAUCCUGUCUGUAGAAACUCCUGCUACGGCGCAUUAUAUGGGAUUUGGAGAACAGGGAGGACGAAACUUGUUCAAAUCAAAUACAUACAUGAAUUAUUUCAAUUUUGACAACAUGAAAUACCAAAAUGUCUACGGCAAUGGUCCUUUAGAUGAACGAGAGCCGCUCUACCACACAGAACCUUUUUGGAUGGAAGUUGCUAGCCACAUUGGAUUCCAAUCUGUUCUCGCAACAAUGAUUGACAAUUACUCUCAUACUUGCCUUGACGUCCGAAAAACACACCAAAGAACAAUUCGAAUUGCCACGAGGUUUAACGAGUUUAAUUGCAUGAUUGUAGCCGCGGAUAAGAUUUCUGAGCUUCUCAAUGUAUAUACAUCAAUCGUUGGUAAGCCCAGCCUGAAACCAAGAUAUGUUCUUGGGUAUCAUCAAGGAUGCUAUGGGUAUGAUACGAAAGAGGCGGUUAUGCAAUGCGCUCAGAAUUACCGCGAUGCUCAAUUUCCGCUUGAUGCAAUCCACAUAGAUGUGGAUAUUCAGAGAGAACAUAAAACUUUCACCAUUGACGACCGGCCUGGGCAUUUCCCCAAACCUAAAGAGAUGUUUGAUACACUUAGAAAACAAGGUGUAAAAUGCUGUACAAAUAUCACGCCUCAUAUUAAUUCUGCCGAAGACCCCGAGUAUACGACCCUCAACGAGCUCUUGGAUAAAAAUUACUACAUUGAAGAUAGGCGAGAUCUUGCAAAGUCAGAUUUACGCCCGUGGCAAGACAGAUAUCAUUACUGGGACUAUGGUAGACGCGUUGUAACAAAUCCGUCCGAAACAAGGCCCGACUACAGAAUACCAGAUAAGACGGAUUUAUCUGUGACUUAUAACUCUGGAAAGCCAUUCCACGGCGGAGUCUAUUACGGAUGGGGCAAUGGUGCUCCUGGAUACUACCCCAAUCUUAACAACCAUGAAGUCAGGGAGUGGUGGGGGAAGCAGUUCAAAUAUCUCUUUGAAUGCGGUGUCGAAUUCAUCUGGCAGGACAUGACGUCUCCUUGCAUCGCUCCAGAGUAUGGAGACAUGAAAUCAUUCCCCUUUAGACUUCUUCUCGACAGUGAUGUUCGACUUAAUGAACCCUAUGAAGAAGUUGCAUUAAAAAGAAAAGCUAUUGAGAUAUGGGCGCUCUACAGCUACAAUCUAUACGAGGCUACCUUUAAUGGUUUACAGAAUCUCCAUCUCAAUGGCACAUUGGCAGGAAAUAAUGAUGAGUUAAUAACUACCAACCAAGCAUUAACAGAGGCAAAUGAAUUGUCAUGGAGAAAAGGCCGACGUAACUUCAUCAUUGGAAGAGGCAGUUAUAUCGGAAGCCAUAAAUUCGCUGGUCUUUGGACGGGAGACAAUGCUUCCACUUGGGACUUCCUCUCGACCUCGGUCGUACAAGUCUUGGGCCUUGGACUAUCCGGUAACGCAAUCUCAGGACAAGAUGUCGGAGGUUUUGAAUUCAUUGAGCCAGAUCAUAACUGGGCGAAUCCGGAGCUUCUGAUCCGUUGGUACGGCGCGUACUCUCUGCUACCCUGGUUUCGGAAAGAUGGGAAACAGUUCCAAGAGCCGUAUGCCUACGACCAACAUUACCGAGACAACAUGCAUCACUUCCACGAUCCAAGAGAAGCCUUUCUCUUUCGUGCUGUGCUUCCGGUGUGCAGAUAUUACGUUCGUCUUCGUUACAGUCUUAUGCAGCUGUUAUAUGAUGCUAUGUUUGAAAAUGCCAUAACUGGAAUGCCAGUCGCUAGAUCCAUGAUCAUAACUGAUGACCAAGAUGCAACAUUAUUCUUUGAGAAUAAAUGGUUCACAAACGACCAGUACCUGGUCGGAAAUGAUAUCCUCGUGGCACCACCUCUACGCGCCGAAGCGUUUUUUGACCGCCAUGAAGUUUAUCUACCAUAUCCUGAUGAAUGGUUUCCUAUAAAUCUUUACCCCGAUGAGCCUUUGGGUACAGCUUUAAACCCAGCUAUUGAGGGCGGAAGCCGCAUCUUCUGCAAAUGCAAUAUUAGCCUCGAAGACGACCAUAUUCCUAGAAUUACUCCAAUGUACAUUCGCGAAGGCGCCAUAAUUCCCAAAAUCGAGACAAGAGCGAGUACGCCCGACUGGUACCCAAAUGGCUAUCCACAUGCGGGGAUAGAGAUGAAGGCGCCAGAGGCAAACCCAAUCACUUUCCAUGUCUAUCCGGGAAAAGACAAUAUCUAUACAAUGUACAUUGAUGAUGGCAUAUCAACGGAUAGCGAGCCGCUGUCCAAAAUCCCAAAUCUAACAAAUGACCCAACGCCUAAUGCGGAUAAGUACUGCGAAGUUCGCAUUAAGCAAGUCACCAUGAUUAAUACAGAAGAGAAGUGCACUCGAGUGCUCACAAUUGAAGCCAUACGAAAUGGCUACGAGAAAUACGAACAAAUCGUCGGCGGCGAAUACAAGGUGGUUUUCUGGCAUAAAGAAUCAGCGUAUAGUAAUGACAUUGUUGUUGGGGGCUCGCUUGGGCCCAUGUCAGUUCAGCAUUUGGAGCGGAUUCGAGCAACGGUUGUGAAAUUUGCAACGGAUAUUGUUCAUACAAAGGGUGGAAUCACAAUCACGCUUACUUACGAUAAUUAG